AUGGUGGUCUAAGCUUACAUAGAAAAAGUGGUAUCAAUUUGAUGUCAGGGGUUUUCCAUGAUUGAAAGGCAAUUUAUAGAAGACACAAUUUAAAAGGAGAGUCUGCAGACUCAGUUACACAUUGAAGAAAAGAUGUUCUUCCAGGGGCUUUUCUUUUCCAUCUUGCUUUUGUCAGUGAGUGGAAACCCUGCUCAAGUCCAGAAUCAAAUGAGUUUACAAAGAAGUUCAAAUCCAAAUGGGAACGAUUGCUCAAGUCCAGAACUAACUUUGAUUACACAGGAUCUCAUUAAAAUUUUGGAGAAAGAUGCUGCUGCAACAUGCAAUUGUAAUGCCAAUGUGACUGACUGUUUAUGUCUUCCUGUAUCUUCUCAGCACAACUGUAGUUCAUCAUGCUUUCAAGAAGGACUGGAAAAGAUAUCCCAUAAAAUGAAAUCACAAUAUAAUAAUCAAAUCAUAAGAGUGAAGAAAUUUGUUUCAGGACUGAAGCACAACAAAUGCAAACCUUUUUCAUGUAUACAACCAUGCAAUGAAACUUUCACUGUGAACACAAUGGAAUUUAUAAAAGUUCUCCAGGAAAAUUUCCAGAAAGUAGCUAUUUUUAAAAACUAA